CAGCUUUUUAUUUGCACUUUGCAAUUCUUCCUUUUUUCUCUAGUUUUUUCACCCUUUCCGGCUCUUACACCUCACAAUGGGGGCCACUGAAUCCACACAGUCACAAUCGAAUAGUACUUUUGUUGACCGGGUGUUCUCAUGCCCUGUUUGCUAUGAGAAGUACACCUCCCACAUCAUGCAGUGCCAAUCUGGACAUUCUGUGUGCCAAAACUGUCACGGGAGACUGAAUCAGUGUCCCCAAUGCUGUGCCAGAUACAAUGGUACCCGCAAUUACACACUAGAGGAUAUCAUGACGGAGCUUAGCCAACUGCAAUGCUCUCCGGAAGAUGCUGUGAAGGAUGUAUCUGAUGCUGCCACAAUUCGCAAAAUGGCCCGCCCAGCCUCCCAAAUAAUUAAUAACGUUCCUGACGCCAAUGCUGUUACUGGAAAUGCAUCAUCGUCACAAGCGGCGCAAGUUACACCUCCGCAGGUCACAUCGAGUCCUGGAAAUAGUGAGCGAACGGUGUGCAGAAUGCAGUACUGCCGAAUGACAAUGCCGCUUAACUCUCUGGAGAACCACUUACUCACCAGGCACGAUUCAAACGUGAGGCGUCUCACGGCGACAGCCUACCUCAGCAAGUCCUAUUUCACUCUCGAUCGCUUGUGCGUCGGACAUCGCUUUGCUCUGCUCACUGAGUUCGGCAUAUUUUUCUUAAUAAUCCGCGUGGAGAAACUGAACACCAGAGAUAUAAGAAUGACUGCCUGGAUUCAGGGUGCAUGCUCAAACGCAGAAGCAUCGCUCUUCUACUCAUAUCUCCAAGUUCAAAUCAACAAUAUGAAAGCGACAUACCAUGACAUUGUGCACGGAAGCCGAUCCACUGUGGCACAAAUUGAGGAUGCCAGAGAAUGCCUAUCAUUAAUCGUGAAAGCAGACUCAUACUGCAAUUUUCACAUGCAGGGAUUUGUUAGCCUCAAUAGGAGCCAAACUGAUGCUCCUCGCCAAAAAUACACCUUGACUGAGUUUGUUCGAGUUGACGACUCUACAAGUGACGAUGACUCUUACUGA